AUGUCCCAAGCUGACUGGGAGUCCGAGUUCCUCAAGUACAAGUCCUCUCCCGAAUUCGCGAUGCUAAACAGCCGUAUGACACUCGACGAGUUCAAGAGUAUAUACUGGAUGGAAUGGAUUCACCGGAUAUGGGGUCGCGCUAUUGGCAUCACAUUCCUCCUGCCCGCCAUAUACUUCACGGCUCGUGGACGUAUGACCAAAUCUCUGACGCUCAAGGUCUGGGGCAUCGCCGGACUCAUCGGUUUCCAAGGCUUCCUGGGUUGGUGGAUGGUCAAGUCUGGCCUCAAAGAUGACCUGUUUGCGCCUGGCAGCACCCCUCGCGUGUCCCAAUACCGCCUGACGGCACACCUCGGCGCCGCCUUUGUCGUCUAUCUCUCUAUGCUCUGGAAUGGCCUGACGACGCUCCGCGAUAACCGCUUUCAGACCCAUCUAACACAUCAGGAAGCGCAAGCCUCCCUCCAAGCCUUCCGCAACCCAGCCCUCCGCACCUUCAAACUCGCCACCCUGUCCCUCUUUGCUCUAACAUUCGUAACGGCCAUGUCUGGCGCACUCGUCGCCGGCCUCGACGCCGGCCUCAUCUACAACGAAUUUCCCUACAUGGGCUUGGGCCUAACGCCACCGAAAUCCGAGCUCUUCGACACCUUCUACUCACACGUGCCCGCCAAUGACAAAGGCGAACACACCGACCUCGUGUGGCGCAACAUGUUCGAGAACCCCAGCCUCGUGCAGCUCGACCACCGUCUCAUGGCCACCACCACCUUCACCGCCGUCAUGGCCCUCUUCGCCUGGUCACGCUCCUCGGCGCACCUUCAGAAGAUCCUGCCCGCCAACGCAAAACGCGCCGUACACGGCGUCUUCGGCUUCGCCUGGCUGCAGGUCAUCCUCGGCAUCAGCACGUUGCUGUACUUGGUUCCUGUCCCGCUCGCGAGCGCCCACCAGGCCGGCGCACUGGCAUUGCUGUCGUGGACCAUGGUGCUCGGCAGUCGCGUGCACAUGUCUAGAGCCUCGAUCAAGACGCUGGAGUAUUUUGCGAAGCAUGGUCGUUUGGGCACCAGGAACGUGGCUAUUCAUCAGAACGUCGCGGUCGCGGAGGCUGCGCAGAAGGUGCAGAAGGCUCUGGGUGCUAAGGUCAGGCAGCCACAGUCGGCCAAUGCAAGCCAGCGUGUAGUUGGCCAGUCUGGCGUGACGCCUGCUGCUGUAUAG